CUACAUUGAAAACCCACAAAAGGGACACAAAUCCCUGAGCAAUUUCUCAUUAAGGCUGGAGCAGCGGAUGGAGCCAGCCCGGACCCAGAGGACACCCCGAGACAGCCCGGGAAUGGGGAGCAGCACAGCCCCGGGCAGGGCCACCUCCAUCCCACCAGCUCCUGGCACCUGUGAGUCACAGGGCACAAGAGCAAAGGAAGAUGACAUCUCGGCUCCUCUGAACCACCAGCAGAGCCAUGGAGCUGGAAUACGAGCUGCCCAACGCCACCGCGUUCUGGUUCUCCCCGGCUUCACCCUUUGACAACUUCUCCGUGGAUGCACCCACCAACACAUCCCAGAACACCACGGGCCAGCACUUUGACCUGACCAGCAACGCCAUCCUCACCUUCAUCUACUUCGUGGUGUGCAUCAUAGGGCUGUGUGGCAACACCCUGGUGAUCUACGUCAUCCUUCGCUAUGCCAAGAUGAAAACCAUCACCAACAUCUACAUCCUCAACCUGGCCAUUGCAGAUGAGCUCUUCAUGCUCGGCCUGCCCUUCCUGGCCAUGCAGGUUGCCCUGGUCCACUGGCCCUUUGGCAAAGCCAUCUGCAGAAUUGUCAUGACAGUGGAUGGGAUCAACCAGUUCACCAGCAUCUUCUGCCUGACGGUUAUGAGCGUGGACCGGUACCUGGCUGUCGUCCAUCCCAUUAAAUCUGCCAAGUGGAGGAGACCCAGGACAGCCAAAAUGAUCAAUGUGGCCGUUUGGGGUGUCUCCCUGCUGGUGAUCAUGCCCAUCAUGAUUUAUGCUGGGGUGCAGCAUAAUCACGGCAGGAGUAGCUGCACCAUCAUCUGGCCAGGAGAGUCGGGUGCCUGGUACACGGGCUUCAUCAUCUACACCUUCAUCCUGGGCUUCCUGGUGCCUCUCACGAUUAUCUGCCUUUGCUACUUGUUCAUCAUCAUCAAAGUCAAGUCCUCAGGCAUCAGAGUGGGCUCCUCCAAGAGGAAAAAGUCCGAGAAGAAAGUCACCAGGAUGGUCUCCAUCGUGGUUGCCGUCUUCAUCUUCUGCUGGCUCCCCUUCUACAUCUUCAACGUCUCCUCUGUCUCCGUCCUGAUCGUGCCCACCCCUGUCCUCAAGGGCAUGUUCGACUUCGUGGUGGUCCUCAGUUAUGCCAACAGCUGUGCCAACCCCAUCCUUUAUGCCUUCUUGUCUGACAACUUCAAGAAGAGCUUCCAGAACGUCCUCUGCCUGGUGAAGGUCAGCGGCAUGGACGAGGCUGACCGGAGCGACAGCAAGCAGGACAAAUCCCGGCUCAACGAGACCACAGAAACCCAGAGGACCCUGCUCAAUGGGGACCUGCAGACGAGCAUCUGAGGGGACAGCAGGGUUGUCCUUCCUUUGCUCUCCUCUCCCUGCUUGCUGCCAGAUGGCAGCGGCACCCACGGGGUCGGGGCAGGAGCGCCAGCUUAGGGGACAGCAGUGCAGACGUGGAUGGUGAUGGGGACCCUCAUCUGGGUUCCUCCUGAGCUGCUGGUGGGUUGACUUGCAAGUGCUGGGAAGGAUAUGGAUCAAGAGGAGCUUCCUCAGCAGGAAAACAAAGACAGCUUGGAGCAAUGCAGCAUGUUGCAACACCAAAGUGCCACCGUGGGCCACAGCCACCUCUGAGGCAGCUCUGAUGGCUUCCCUGGUGUUACCUCUGGGACCAGUUGGCUUUGGGUGCUCUCCCCUGGGUGCCUGCACGUGAACACACGCAGUGGGGUGGCCUCAGGAGGAGCUGAGGCCAUGGGUGUGUGGCCACCAUGGAGAUGCACCAUCUCCCAGCCAAGACCUGGGGGGAGAACCUGGAGAGUCCACCCAUGCUCCCCAGUCACCCUCCCCCAGGGGAAGAGGAUAUUUGGGGCUGUGUUUUACCUGGUUUACAAGUUACUCCGUCACCUCCCCCGAAGCCUCCCUGCUGCUGGCUGCAUCGUUUCCAAACCCUGCCUGGAGGUGAGACCUCAGGAUGGGAAAGAUCUCUGCCCCCUCUGCUCCCACCACACUCCCACGGUGCCUCCUCCAGCCUCACCAUCUCCCUUCCCUCCUGAUGUCACCUGCUCACAGGUUUUCUCCUCGGAUGGAGGAUUUCCUCCUUUUUCCUCCUAGGUAGCUGCUCUCCCUCCAGCCAACCACAGCCACUCCAGCAUCCCACCCGAACUCGCCGAGCAGCUGCCAGGAAAUCCUUGGGAACAGCAAAACACAGGGGGUUUGGAGCACAUCCCAGUGCUCCUGCAGCCGGGUGAUACCUCAGCUUGUCCUGCCCCAGCUCUGAGGAUGGCUGGAAGGGGCUGCUGGCCCCGGGGGUUCCAGCAUUGGCCGCCCACCAGUGACACCAGUGACACCUGUCCUGCUCCUUCCAGGCAAGUCACACCGGAGGACGGGGUGACAAGAGAGGAUGGGGGACAGGAGGUGGUGGGGGACCAGGCAGAGCAGACCCCCCCCUCUCCCAGCACCAAGCCAUGGGGCAGAGCAGAGCAGCC